AUGCCUGAAAAUAUUUUGAGUUUGAUAGAUAAUUUGCUUACUCCAAUAUUCCUUUAUCUAAAUAAUUUGAAUUUCACGGUCUCUGUUGUCGGGGUCAUAGCUAACCUAUUUCAUUUAUCAGUGCUUUUUAGAAAACCUAUGAGGAUAUUGACAAUUAAUAUUUUUAUGAUUGGAAUUGCCCUAUGUGAUUUGUGUAAAAUGAUUUCAGUUAUAUUUACGGCAAUUAUCAACUAUUAUCAAUCAGUUAUCCAGUCACAAAUGCCUACAGAAUGUUUUCAGCGCUCCAUAUCCAACAUAUAUCGAACUUAUAAUAACCAAUUUAUGCUCAAGGGAAUCAGAUUUAGCAAAAAAUUGUCUGUUUGGUUGGCUGUCUCAUUAGCAAUACUGAGAGCUGUUGUGAUUAAAUAUCCAAUAAAUACAAAAAUACAAGAUUUCACAAGCUCUGCACACGGGAUUCGAAUUUUUCUCCUUAUCUGUCUUAUGAACUCUCCACUUUGGUAUCUUCAAAACAGAUUUUCUAUCGAUGAACAGGAGAAAUGGACUACUCCAAUCGAAUGCCUAAAUUUCACUGAAAACUCCACUCAGAUUAUCUAUUUGGAAAACAGCAGUGGUCUCGACUAUAGUACUUCACUUCUUAUUGAUGGAAUAAUCCCAUCCAUACUUCUUCCACUUUCAACCAUAGUGUUGCUCUAUGAGUUAAAGAAAAUUAAAAAGCUAACAGCUUCUACAAACUCUAGAUCCACAGAUAACAAUACGCGAACUACAAAACUGGUGUGUUUUGUUACUAUAACAUUUUUAAUAUCAACAGUUCCACUUGGAAUACUCUACCUUAUAGAGAUGAUCUUUUUUGAUACUGAUGGAUUGGAUAUAAUUCGAAAAAUCUCUUCAAUAUUUAAACUGAUAUCUCUUAUCAAUGGAACUAUCCAUUUUCUGAUAUGCUUUUUCAUGUCAACACUGUAUCGGAAAACUGUCAAAGAAAUGUUUGGAAUGCAACCUCACAAUGGAAAUCUAAUAAAUGUUCAACCAACUUUUCGAAAGUCUGAAAUAUAG